CGGACACACACUGGCCGGAAGGACAUUGCCAGCGGUUAAUUAGAUUUAUGCUCCGGCAGGUUAAAGGUUAAUCCGCACUCGCUCUCGGUCACCUUGUGGGGGCGGGAAAAGGUGUGCUCUGACGUCACGAGGAGUCAGGCGGCGAUUGGCUGAACGCGGUGCGGCCGCUGACGGCACGGCGGCCAUCUUUGUUGAUGUGUCAGUGAGUUCGGCUGCGAUGGAUCCGCAGUGAGAGGCCGAACCGGGAGCGUAGAUGCCUGAGGGGGAAACGGGAACAGAAAACCCGCAGAGUAUCCGUUAAUCAAGUAUGGAGGUUCCUGUCUCAGAAGAGCCAGACGGGGUUCCUCAGGGGACAGCGGCAGAGAGUGAUCAGAUGAAUGUUCUACCAUCUUGCAAGGAACACAAUUCCGAGGAAACUGAAAUGGCUCCGGAACAGAAAGUGGAAUCGGUUUCAGUUGUGCCUGACGCAAAUGGGAUUAUACAUGGCACCCAGCCCCAGGACAUUGUACUCGUUACUCCCCAACCUGUGGACUCCAUACCGGAGCUACCGCCAGCACCCCAACAAGACAUCGCUCCACAAGCACCUGAUAUGGAUGAACCUAAGGAACUGAUAACCAAAUAUCCUCAGGAUCUUGAAAUAACAGGAUUAAUAGAGGACUCGGUUAAAGACAUGAUCACAGGGAGUCAUUUUGACACAGACUGCACUAAAGAUUUGCUCUCCAAGAUCCAAAGCUCAUCUCCGCAGGAAAGUUUGUUGGAGGAAAUAGAAGAAGAGCUCAGCAGCACAGAAUUCGAUUUUAAAAGGCCAAAUGGACUGAACAAAGCAGAACUGACUCUUAAUAUGCUGGAAAAAUGCGUCCAAAAUAAAUAUCUACAGCAGGAACAGACCAUAAACAGACUGAUAGAACAGAAUAAGAAGCACCAAGAGCUCAUCUUGGAAAUCUGUUCCGAAAAGGAUCAUUUAAGGGAAGAGGUGAAAAAGCUGACAGAGGGGGAAAAGAAGUAUAUCGGCUCCAUCAAACAGCUGGAAGGGAAACUGGAAGAACUCCACAAAGAGCUGAAAAUGUCUAAAGAUAAACUUGUGGCACAGGAUUCCUCCGCCAAGAACGCCAUUCAGCAGCUUCACAAGGAGAUGGCCUUCCGGACGGAGCAGGCAAACAAGAAAUGUGAAGAGGCACGCCAAGAGAAAGAGGCAAUGGUCAUGAAGUAUGUCCGAGGGGAAAAGGAAUCUCUGGAUCUGAGGAAGGAGAAGGAAGUGCUGGAGCGCAAACUCAGGGAGGCAAAUAAGGAGAUAGAGAAGAGCAGUAACCGCAUCAAACUUCUCACUCAGGAAAAGGGACGAUUGCACCAACUCUGUGAGUCUAAGGAGAGUGAAACCAGCCGACAGAAUCGAGACAUUGAAAAGCUUAAAGAAGAAGUGAACUCUUAUGCCAUUAAAGUAAAAUGGGCCAACAACAAGUUAAAAACAGAACUGGAAACACACAAGGAAACCAAAGAUCGGCUUCAGAACACCACAGUGAAGCUAAAUCAAGCAAGAGAAGAAGCAGACCAAAUACGCAGGAACUGCCAGGAAAUGAUCAAGUCAUAUAAAGAGUCAGAAGAAGUGAAAUCCAACGAUUUAGAUGCAAAGCUGAAUAUAACCAAAGUGGAACUGGAGAGGCAAAUGCAGGAGAAAUCGGACCAUCUGGAGGUGCAUCGGGCAAAGAUAAAAGAGUUGGAUGACCUGAGAAGGACGUUUACAGAAGGCAUGGAUGAGCUCCGAACACUUCGCACAAAGGUGAAGUGCUUGGAAGCAGAGCGUCUGAGGACGGAGGAAGAAUUAUCCAAGUAUAAAGAACUGAUUAACCGGCAAAAGGCUGAAAUCCAGAAUUUACAGGACAAGGCCAAGGUUCUGGAUCUGCAACAGGAGCAACAUCAGAGGGACAGACAAGAAAUGGAAGGUUUGCGGGAUGAACUCGGCAGCCUGAAUUCCCUCGUCUCCGACCUGCAAAGCGACAUCGAGGGCAGUCGCACAAGGGAAUCGGAGCUGCUGGGAUUCACGGAGAAGCUCACCAGUAAGAACGCUCAGCUCCAGUCCGAGAGCAACUCCCUGCAGGCUCAGCUAGACAAACUGACAUACAGCGAGAGUGAACUGCGCAGUCACUUGGAACAGCUCCGGCUCCACAACACUGACCUGAAUGAGCGACUCCUUACAGAGGGAGCACAGCAGCAAAAGGAAGUGCAAGCUCUUCAGGCAGAGUUAGACCAGCAACAAAAAUCUGUUUCCUCUUUAAACACCAGAGUGGAGGAACUAAAGAAUGAGCUGGUGACUCAGAAACGGAAAAAUGCUGUCAACCUGAAGGACCUGACCAAGCAGCUCCUGCAAGCGCGAAAGAAGCUGGACCAGACGGAGAAUGGGGGUUACGAGAAAGAAGUGAGCAGCAUGGGAAGUCGCUCCAGCUCCUCAGGGUCUCUGAACGCCCGAAGCAGCAACGAGGAUCGGUCGCCGGAGAACACGAGCUCCUCUGCGCAGGGGGACAGCUUUCCUGAAGUGGAUAAAGCCAUUCUCAUCGAGAGGAUCAUUCGACUGCAGAAAGCGCACGCCCGGAAAAAUGAAAAGAUCGAGUUCAUGGAGGAUCACAUAAAGCAACUUGUGGAGGAAAUAAGGAAAAAGACAAAAAUCAUUCAGACUUACAUUCUGCGGGAGGAAGCCGGGACUCUAUCGACGGAGGCCUCUGAUUUCAACAAAGCUCAUCUGAGCAAAAGAGGAGGAAUUAUGGCUUCUCUCUACACCUCCCACCCGGCCGACAGCGGCCUCACCUUGGAUCUGUCCUUAGAGAUCAACCGGAAGCUGCAAGCGGUGCUGGAGGACACGUUGCUAAAGAACAUCACCCUCAAGGAGAAUCUUCAGACUCUCGGCACAGAAAUAGAGCGGCUUAUUAAACAGCAGCACGAGACGGAGCGCAGAAUGUAGCCGAGCCUACGAGAGACUUGUUUAUUCUGUAGCAGUGGACCCGUUGCCUCCAACGAGAGAAUCUUCUCCUAUUAAACCAAAAUCUUAACCCCCUCAGUGCCAGGGGUGCUUCUCUGAAUCCCACCCGGUGUAUGGAUUACCGUGAGGAAUGGCAUCGCUGGAGGUCUGAGCAAGACCCUUCCAAGCAUAUAAAUCCCCCUGGAAUGGAAUGAUCCAAACAAAAGCACUUGCACUACCACUCACAUAUAUGCAUUUAUCUCUAGACUGCUGCACUUUCAUUUCCCCUGUAAAAUGUCAGAUUUGGGGCAAAUCUUGUGCUGGACCUUUGGCUCGUGGCUGGCGCAAACAAAAGCCUUGGGGAAGGUACAUAAGAGCCCAGAUAGGGAGGUCUCUACUAUUUGGGGAUUACUCAAUCAUGACAUGGAGCUGUAUUAUUAAUUGUAUAUGUGCCGCGGUGCUGCUACGUGAGUUUUGGGCUGUAAUGCGGUGCUAUAGGAGUAGGAUAAUAAAGUUACAUCCAGCCAGGUCUGUGGCGCAGACACAACGGCACCGCAUUACACUUCAUUAUUGUGCGAGUAGCAGAAAAACCAUCGCGGAAUCAUCAAAGGGGCCACUGGCUGUGAUUUAAUUACGCCCUUGAUCUAUUGAAUUCUCCAUCGUUGACUUGGGUGCUCUGGGUGUUUUUAAUUUGUCUCCCGAGGGAUUCUUUGAUGAUUUCCUAUCUGUCAGCCUGUGUGUUUUGUCUGCUUAUAGACCUCCUGUCUGCCCUGCAACUGCCAGCUUAAGGGUUCAUUCAUAAUGGGGUGCAGCGCAAAAGGGGGAUCUCAUUUUGCAGCGUUCCCUUCUGGAUGUGAAUCAUUGUUUUAAUCGGAUUGUUUUAUCGGUGUAUAAUAAGAAGAAUUGUUCCUAAUGUG